UAAGAAGCUAGGGACAACUUCGGAAAUAGAAUUCUGACCACUUGCUUUAGAGAGUUCAUGCUUCUUGAAUAGUGACUUAUCUUGGUGGGAUUACUGAUACACACUAUUGUUCAUCUAAGUUUAAGGUACAGUUUGGCAACAAACUGACCAAGCAUACUCAUCAAAAUUGAAACUUCUGCAUAACAGAUUUGAAGAGCGAGAAUGACAUAGUUGGGUGACCUUCUCGAUGUUAGGAUUAGGCACACAAACACAACGAAAUAGAGAGUAAAUGCGAGAAAAAGAAAGGUUUUAUCCCGGUUCACACUUAAACUAGAGCUACGUCCAGCAGAGGAUUUCACUAUAAUUAACACCUCGCACCUCUUUGUUAUAAUUCUCAAUUACAGGAGAAAGAGAUUAUAUACACUUAGCAGCUAUUCAUGGACCCAAGCCCAAACUACCAAUAAAAUACGAGCUUAAACUAUACAAGCCCUUUAGCUCGUGGGGAGCAUGAACCACGCCCCAACACUCAAGUGCUUUCCAAUAAAACUUAAAUCUUCAUUAAUCUAGACAUUGCCAGUGAAAAUACUGUUCAGUCAGGUUAUGAAAGUGUGGAACUGUAGGAGGUAUUCAUUCUGUAGAAUUAUUGGUCAUGUCCUCUUAAAUUUUACUGUUGGGCCAGCAAUAUUCUAGGAAGAGACCAUUUGAGUGUCAGUUGGAUUACUUGGAAUCUCCGGCACCGAUGACAUCUUCAUCAAAUUAAUCUUCAUAUUGUUGGCUAAAAUAUUGUUUACUCAGGUUAUGGACCUGAACGGACAGAAAGGGUAUUGAUUCUAUUGGACAGUUGACCUUGUUCAAUAUAGUUUCCUGGCUCAUUUGCAGAUUGGUUGGGACAGCAAUAUUCCAAGGAAAUUAUCAUCGAGUCUCAGUUGAAUAAUUUCUGGCCAAUGUCUUUCUACUAGAACAGAACAAGUCGUUCUCCAAAAAAUUAAUGACAUAUGUAUUGUUUAGAUCCAACUGGACAGGUUUUUUCUGGGGAAAUCGGGUAUUACGUAGCGGCUGGAUCUGAAUUGUGCUCGAUAAGCUUAGACUCAGCAAUCAAUCCCAUAACUGAUCCCACUUCCUGGACCUCGCCUUCUGGUCGCUUUGCAUUCGGCUUCUACCAGGAAGGCGGUGGCUUUAAAGUGGGGAUCUGGAUGGUUCGUAAAUCACAGAACACCACUGUGUGGACAGCAAAUCGAGACGAUCCGCCGGUGUCCUCAGAUGCUGCACUGGAAUUAACCCGUGAUGGUUGGCUCGUUCUUAAAAUUAGUCCUGGGAAGACUGAACGGAUUGCUAACUCAUCAGAUAGAGCUUCAUGUGCAGCCAUGGACGAUUCAGGGAAUUUCAUCCUCUAUAACCAGCUUUCUAAGGUCAUCUGGCAAAGUUUCAAUUUUCCUACUGAUACUUUACUUGGAGGCCAGUCCAUACCCACUGGUACUGAAUUAUAUUCAAGCGUAUCUGGGACUAAUCAUUCAACAGGAAGGUUUCGUCUCAGUAUGCAAUCUGAUGGUAACAUCGUUCUCUACCCUAAGCAUACUCAGAAUUCUGGCAUAGAUGCUUACUGGGCUUCAGGUACUUGUUGUUACUUGCAGCCUGUUCAUUUUCACCUUUAUCUCAAUUUCACUGGCACACUUAUUCUACUAGACGAACGGGGACAACCUGAACCUAUAGCAGAACCGGAUACUCCUUCAGUGUACCAUAAUUCGACAAUCUACCGUUUGAUACUUGACUCGGGGGGAUUACUCCAAUUGUAUUCUCACAUAUUCACUGAAAAUGGCGACGAUGUGGUGUCCUCAACGUGGACACGACCAGAUGAUAAGUGCAGCGUGAAGGGCUUAUGUGGCUUUAAUAGUUACUGUUCUAUGGAGGGCAAGCAACCCGUAUGUCGGUGUUUUCCUGGUACGGAUUAUGUUGACAGUAAGAACCAGUUUAGUGGGUGCGAGAGGAACUUCAAGGAAGAAUGGUGCAGGGACUCCAAAGAGAAUUUAUCAUCGAUUACCUCCAAAUCCAUUGACAAUGUGUACUGGCAGGACCCUCCCUAUUUUCAGGUGACAAUGGAAGUAGCGGAUUGCAACAUGUCAUGUUUGGAAGAUUGCGAUUGUGAGGUAGCUUUAUACGACUUCGAUCAAGGAAAUUGUAUGAAACAAAAGCUUCCUCUUAUGUAUGCUCGGACAGUUUCUGGACACUUCAGAGCAUUUUUCAAGAUGGGAGUAGAAGGUAUCGAAGCUGCCAAUAAUUCUGAUUCACAGGUGCAGGUAAAAGUCAACAGCAAGAAAGAAACAAUCCAACUACUUUCGGUGACCAUAGGCCUUACAACAUGCUCGUGCAUCGCCCUUGCAGUCGCUGGUCUUUUCGCCUUCAAGUUGCGAGUAUUUGAGUACAAGAAGAUAGUAGAAAGUGGAAUUUUUGGCUUGACAGAGGAACUUACUCUGAGGCCAUUCUCUUACAGGGAGCUGAAGAGAGCAACAAACGGCUUCAAGGAAGAGUUGGGUAAGGGAUCUUUCGGCACUGUCUACAAAGGAACCUUGUACAGGGGCAAAAGAGCUGUUGCUGUCAAAAGACUAGAGAAGCUGGUCAAUGAAGGUGAAAGGGAAUUUCGCGCGGAAAUGCGCGUCAUUGGUGCCACUAAUCACCGGCACUUGGUUCGGUUGCUCGGCUUCUGCGCUGAGGCAUCCAAGAGGUUACUUGUCUACGAAUUCAUGAGCAACGGCUCCCUUGCAGAUCUGCUCUUCCGAUCUGAAAGGCGUCCUGAUUGGAACGAGCGGAUGAGAAUCGCCUCGGAAAUUGCCCGGGGCAUCCUCUACCUGCACGAGGAGUGCGAUACGCCCAUCAUACACUGCGACAUUAAGCCCCAGAACAUCCUGAUGGAUGACUUCUGGACAGUCAAAAUCUCCGACUUUGGGCUGGCCAAGCUGCUGAUGCCGGAUCAAACACGGACCUUCACAGUCAUCAGAGGGACGAGAGGCUAUAUGGCGCCAGAAUGGCACAAAAGCACUCCGAUAUCGGUGAAGGCAGAUGUCUAUAGCUAUGGGAUCAUGCUCCUGGAGAUCGUAUUCUGUCGCAGGCACAUGGAUGUCAACGCACCGACUCCUGAGGAGAUCGUUCUUUCCAGUUGGGCUUACAGGCAUUUCAGGGAUGGAGAGCUGGACAAGUUGGCCCCGGGCGAGGAAGUCGAUAAGUGGUUGUUGGAGAAGCUGGUGAAAGUGAGCCUAUGGUGCAUUCAGGACGAGCCGGCUCUUCGCCCUUCGAUGAAAUCCGUGGUGAUGAUGCUGGACGGAACGACCGAAAUAUCGGUUCCUCCGUGUCCAACCGCCGCUGCUGUAUGAACUCGAAUUCGGAUCUCGUCGCGGUUCCUCGUCAUCGAUGCAUGCAAUGUAACAAUAAUUUUGAGUCACAGUGUGCUUAGGAUCACUCUCAAGGCGUGUGGCCUCGAUUCUUGAAUUUUCAGUAGCAGAUGAACAUAAGUAUUUGUACCCAAUUCAGAUGUGUUGGUGAUUUUCAUCUUCCAUUCCAUCUUAAUUCAAAUCGGCAUCGAGGCUUGAGAUUU